CACAAGCGGUGGUGGGGGAUUUAAUAAAAUUAAACACAGGAAACAACCACUGGAUUUCUAGAACAAUUAUUCUCCGACAUAGAAGCUGAAAAAUCUUUUUUUUCUUUUUCUUUUUCUUUUUCUUUUCUUUUCUUUUUUUUUAUUUUUUUUUUAUUUUUUUUAUUUUUUUUUUUUACAGCCACAGCAGGUUAAACAAUAAAUCCUGUCAGCAGACUGCUCGUUAAAUUGUUACAUCUGUGUAUAUUAAUUCCAAAAAUCAUCCAACAAAGAUGUUGAUUAAAGUGAAGACUCUCACUGGCAAGGAGAUAGAGAUUGACAUAGAGCCCACAGAUAAGGUGGAGCGAAUUAAAGAAAGAGUGGAGGAGAAAGAGGGGAUCCCUCCACAACAACAGAGGUUGAUCUACAGUGGAAAACAGAUGAAUGACGAGAAAACGGCCGCAGACUACAAGAUCCAGGGCGGCUCCGUCCUUCACCUGGUGCUCGCCCUCAGAGGAGGCCACCCGCUCCGCUCCACGUUUUAACCUCUGGCACAACAACAAGCUCUAACCGACACGACGCCUUCAGAAAUCACAGCGCGACUGGAGGCGGUCGCACAGUCACCGGGUGACACUGAAGGCGCCCCAGAGUCAUCGACUGAGUCGAACCGGUUUCUGCUUUCCAUCUCCAGCUCCUCACAGACUGUCGUGUGUUUGGCUGCCAAGGCCGUGUGCGCAGAUGAUAAAUUCUUUAGCUUUGGAUUAACACAUGACUGAUUAGCUAUUAAGAAAAAACCCCACUAUUUAAUCGUCUUUCUGUCACUCUGUGCAAGUAAUGUUUGUGAUGGAGCAGAGGAUGUUUGCUACGCCUGAAAUUAAUGAGACGACUGUAAUUUAAAGCUGGAUAAGGGAUGUAGAGUUAGAUUGUCACAAAGUAUCGCACAGGGUUUGAUUGAUCUCUUAUGAAGCAUUGAUGUAGCAGAGUAAGUGUGAGAAGAGUAGCUUUAAUAACAGGACUAACCCUAGACCAGUGUUUCCCAACCCUGGUCCUCAAGGCACACUGUCCUACAUGUUUUAGAGGUUUCCCUGCUUUAAUGUGCCUGAUUCAACUGAUUGCAGUUCAAGGUAUUUCCUUGCUUCAGUGCAGCUGAUUUCAAUUGAUGACUGAUUAACAGGCGUUUGUUGAACUGCAAUCAGUUGAAUCGGGCACAUUAAAGCAGGGAAACCUCUAAAACAUGCAGGGCAGUGUGGCUUGAGGACCAGGGUUGGGAAACACUGCCCUAGACUACACAGGAACCGUUGUUGGGUUUGGUUCAGCUUUUUUUUUUUUUUUGUCUUUAUCCACUUUCAGACAAUCUUAUUCUUGCUUUGUCUUGUUCUGUUUGAGAACAAAAAUACUCUGCAAAAACAUGUAUUUUUCUCUUAUAACGGAGAAAAGGGCAAGUCAGGAACAUUACCAUGAUGGUCAAGAGUCGGCGCGACUAUCAUGAACCUCAUGGCUUUUUUUUUUUUUUUUUUUUUUUUUUUUUUUUCCACCUGCGUGACAGAUUGAUUUAACAUGUUCAUGGAUAAUUUGAACUUGCUCCGAUUCAUGAAGAAGUAGUUUGUUUACUUUUCUCACCGCUGUGUCAGCACCUGUAAUACCCUGUGCUUGUGUUCAGUGUCCUUUCAAACGUAUGACUUUGUGAAAUAAAGCAGAUUCUGUGAAGGCCUCGUGUUUUACUGUCCUGUGUUAAAACAUUAGAGGAUUUACAGAGAAAGCAACGGUUGAGCUGAAUCAUCUCAGCUCCAGUCAGGUGGAGCUGAGAUGUAAGAAGAUGUUGAAAAGGCAGCCAUUUUCUGUCAUGU